AUAUUUAUUAUAGCUAGAUAUGGAUUAUUGUUGCGAAGAAGAGAAUGUACCUCAUGUUUUGGCCGUUGAUGAUAAUCUCAUCGAUCGUAAACUCGUUGAGAAAUUGCUCAAGAAUUCUUCUUGCAAAGUGACUACAGCAGAAAACGGAAUGAGAGCAUUGGAGUAUCUUGGCAACAACGGUCCAAAAGUAAAUAUGAUAAUCACGGAUUACUGCAUGCCAGGAAUGACGGGGUAUGAGCUACUUCAGAAAAUCAAGGAAUCAUCAAUCUUAAAGGAGGUUCCGGUGGUCAUAAUGUCAUCAGAGAAUAUCCCAACACGAAUCAAUGAAUGUUUAGAAAUGGGAGCACAAACGUUCAUGCUGAAGCCGCUGAAGUUAUCGGAUGUGAAGAACCUGAGACGUCAAUUAGCAAAAUGAUUACUAGGUUCACAUAUAGUAACUAAUGUUAAGCUAUUUCAGUUGAUCGAUUACCGCUGGUCCAUGUUUGUAUUUUUUGUCUCUCUUAUUAUUGAACCGUGCAGCCUUAGAAGUUUUGCCUUUUCUAUGAUUAUAGUGUUCAAUGCAAACGUUUGUAGUAAGACGAAUAUGUACGUCAAAGUUUUCUUUUGGUUAAAAGAUCGAGUU